AUUGACCUAAAUGAAGUAAUGCAUAGUAAUACUGUAUAACAUCGUAACAUAAUCUUUGUGACUGUAACUCUGUCUUCUCAAUUAUAAUUUUGAUCUGUAUGGGAGAUCAUACGAACUCUCAACUCGUGUUUCGUGCUUGGCACACCCUAACACUAAUUUGCGGCCAUUCAGCAGCCCAGGAUGUUACACUUACAGAAUCCUAUAAAUAACAGACUUUAAUUGCAACGACCUCAUUGUUAUUCAGUUGUUCUGUUUGACAACGUCCUUCGUUCACUUGAAGAGUAUUCCUGUAUGGGAGCUACAGCAACAACCACAUCAUGGAAAUGAAGAUGACUAUGGGUUUGCUUCUUCUAUUUGCGAUCGUUGUAGCAUUUAUUCCAACUGUUUCGGCACGAAGCAAGCAGAAUUUUGAAACAGGACAUCAUUUAGUCCUGGAACCAGAACAUUCUGACCUCAGCGAAAACCAAGUGAAGGCUAAGUCUGACAGCAAACAACACUCACGAGAAAAGGAUGCUGGACAAGGCAUUUUGCACGACCAACCACCUCUCCAGGGUCCUGGUCAAGUCAACACUCGACUUCCUGGAGUCGACUUCGCUUUGUACGGGUAUAACAGUCUGAAGGGAUGCCCACUGGCACCAGGUCGCGAUCCUGGCUUCACCUUGCCCAUAUUCUCUGCUGACUACAGUGCAGGUCACGUGAUCACGGACAAUAGUUACAGUGUGCCACGUGGGGUGAUUCUUGCACCGGAUGUGUCGUGUGUAACGUCCUUUACAUCAGAGGUCAUUCAGACGCCCUAUGACCUCACCAAGUUUACGAGUCGCACAGUGCAGCUCGAUGGCGGCGAUUGGGGGCCUCCAUUUGCGGCCAACCCUGUCUUUCAGAAAAUUCUCGCUGAAUUGAGAGAGAAAGUCCUGAUCGUGUCAUCAGUCACUUGCAGUUCAUAUCUUGUUUCUCUUUUACAUUUAGAGCCACCACCAUUCCAUUCAAUGUUCCUAAAGUGGGUCCUGAGACUUAAUAAUACAAGUGAUGAGCACCUUUACCUGGAAUUUCUUGACACCUACGGCACACACUUUGUCUCACAAGUCCGCCUGGGAGCUUCGCUAACUUUGGUGCACAAAAUGGAGACUAGCAACUACAACAGGUAUGGACAGGGUCACGUGACGGCUUCUGCAAACUAUUUAUCUGCUUCGCUACUUGGAGAGUCUGAGACCUUAAGUUCCAAUCAGAAAAAACAAGCAGACGAGCUUCAAAGUCAAGUAGAGACAAGUACAGUCGGUGUUGGGGUACCUCCCACUAACAGCGCCAGUAGCUUGGCCUGGCUUACACAAGUAGGGAACAACCCGGUCGCCAUUAACUAUGUCUUGACUCCAAUAGACCUUCUUUUCUCAGAAACAAUUGUCGGUGACUGGGGUCCUCUAAAUCACGAUUCUGUUGAUCUUGACAAGAUAAAAACCAAACUAAUAACUAUUAAGAAGAAAUAUUGUCAGACUUUAAAGAAGAAAGGUCAGCUAUUUGAAUGUGAAGAGCCCACACCUGGAUUACAUCUUAGUCGUACGAGGCUAAUCGGUGUCUCCAUCUUCAGAGAGUUUGUAUCCGGUGAACAUUGUAUGGAGGAGUGUUACAAGCUUCCUGACUGUGUGGCCGUCACUUUUUGUCCCGAGUGUGACAGUAACGACAAGGAGUAUGAACUUUGUCAACUUGUACAAGACAGUCGCACAUGCAGUGCUGAGACCAACUCUCAGUGGCAAACAACCGUCUUUCUUAACAAAAUCCAAACACUGUUUAAAGUGCAGAAUACGACGGUUGCUGACUCGACAUCUGAGUCUAAGAAUCUCAUUGUAUCUUCCUCACAAAGCUGCUAUUCCUCUUGUUUCGAUGAAGACAAGUGUCUGGCCGUCACAGUCUACAAAAGCUCUGAGUCAACUCUCAAUUGUACACGCCACACAGGCCCUAUUCAGAGCUUGAAGGAAGAAACAAGUGCCGACCUGUAUUUUGUGUCACUACACUCAAAAAGGACUUCGACAACAAGAAAGACGAAGACACUUAUUCAUAACGACUGGUUCAUGGCAUCCUGCAUCAGCGAUGAUGGAUGUCUUCAGAAGAACGCGAUGUGCUUUGAGGACAGAUGUAUUUGUCGUCCUGGGUUUUUUUCCUCAACACUGGACAAUACUUGCUCUCCGACAUGCAGCACAGCCAAACUUCAGAAUUCAUACAUGGAGUACCCGGAGAGCGGACUACGGGGACAUAAUGUCGUUUUACGGGAUCCCCUGACUUUAGAAGAGUGCAAGAUCCUGUGUGUCACAACUUCCGGUUGUCUAACCUUAGAUUUCAGAGCCAUAGGAGGGCGCUGUCUGCUGCAUAACAUCACAGCUCUUGACGUGCCAUUAGCCUGGUAUCCUCACAGUAGUAGAGGCUGGACCCACUACCAGAGGACCUGCAUGGACUCUUUAGAGUCGUAUCCUGGACCACUGUGGUACAACUCAUCGUGUCGUAGUGACCUCGACUGUCCUGACCCCAACAGUCAGUGUCUCUUGGGGAAAUGUUUAUGCCCCACUGGUUUCUUUUUGGAUCAAACCGACGUUUCCUGUCGAAUUAUUGCUAAAGAAUCGUGUAAGGAGUGGCAGAGGACACGCGCCAUCUCCGGUGUAUACAAUAUCACCACUGCAAACAUGUCGUUGAAAGUCUCAUGUGACAUGAAUAACGGCGGUGGCUGGCUGGUUUUCCAGAGACGUCGUGAUGGGUCUGUUGACUUCUACAGAAACUGGACGGACUAUGAGCAAGGCUUUGGUGACAUCACUGGAGAGUUCUGGCUUGGUUUAUACAAGAUUUACAAACUUACACAAGGCAGAGCUCAUCGACUCCGUGUUGACCUCACGGAGGUGAAUGGAGAACGUCACUAUGCUGAGUACUCUGCAUUCAGUGUUGGUGGUCCUGAUACAAAAUACAGACUCCAGGUCUCUGGUUAUUCAGGGAACGCAAGUGACAGCCUAAGAGUACAUAACAACCAAGGUUUCACCACACACGACCAAAACAAUGACAAUUACACUACCACUAACUGCGCUGUAUCAUGCCACGGCGCCUGGUGGUACAAAUCGUGUUACCACUCCAACCUCAACGGACGUUACAAGUCUGACGGGGCCGUUGGUAGUGACGGCAUUGUAUGGAGCAGUGCCCAUACUGAUAACAGAGGCUUCACUUUCUCGGAGAUGAAAUUCAAGGCGGUGUGACAUUGCAGUCCACUCUCUUUACCCUCAGUGUAGGAUACUGGAUGCUUCAUGCUGAUACUGUGUUCACAUAACACUAACGUGACCUAUGUAGCUCUUUGUUUUCUUCCAGGAUAUCAACAUGUUGUUCUCAAUGAUUAAAACAACGAUAUUUUCACUUUCUAUGGGUCUUAUAAAAUUCCGAUGCGCAUGUGUGCAUCUGUAUGUAAAAACCAAUUCUAUACACUAAGUACAAAUUGAAUACCUACGGAUAUGUAAUUAUUUCCUUUCUAGCUCAUAGACAGGACAGGAUGUCCAGGAUGUAAACACGAUUAGUGCUGAAUGUCGUUGACAGGGGGCGUUACCGACGUACUAAUAUCGUUGGCCUUUCUUUUAUUGUUUUACUUUGUUCAAAAGUAUUCUUGCUUAAUAUAACGAUUUAUUUUUCGCGUACUUUCACGUUUAGUCAUUAACGGACACAUUGCAUUAUUUAAUAAUAUCAUUAUAAAAGGUAAGAUAUUGUAAAACGCUUAGCUAAAGAAAAUAAAAACGAUCUUACAUUAUGAGUGAUGUUGAGACAAAACUUGUCUAACAAUAAUUUCUAACUCAGCGUCAAUUUUAAGAUAAAGAUCAGACAGGUGUGUUGUUUACCGAUCUGAGAGAUAACUAUCAACACAUCAUAUCUAUCUUGACAUUAAUGUAUCGCAAGUGAAACCUGGAGAAAGAAAAGUAGCUUCUUGAAAACCCUUACUCUCAAAGUGGUCACACUCAAAACACAUGGAUGUACCCUAAUACUUCAAUGUUUGCUGUUAAACAUGCUGUGAUAAAAUUACUUAGCCACCUUCGAAUAGUUCUUUAAACUUAUAAGGGAAUCAAUGUUCUUGUCUUUUUAUCAUUUUUCAUGUGGUAUAUGUGACCAAAUGGGUAUUUAAAAACAAUCUACUAUCACCUUCAGGGCGGUGACUGCUUUACUGCAGAAACUUAACAAAAUUAAUAUUUUCCUUCGGCUAUAAUUUAAGAAAACCAUAACCAUGCUGCUCCUUAGACCGAUUAAAGAACAUAAAAACAGAGAGCAUUGUGUGUAUUUAAAAAAAAACUGAUGCAAGGGUUUUAGAAUUAAAAAAAAAUGAUAGAACUGUUAAGACAGUAAACACACAUUCACACACA